CCGAUGAGUCAUAUGUGUGCUUGCUAUGCAGGUAGUCAACAUACAUCUCGGGGCUCCAGGGAUUCCUCAAGAUUAAGUACGUGUCUAUUUAAACGAAGACACGCCUUUCAUAACAAUCAGUGAUAUUGGCUGCAGUUACCGUUUCCUCAUAAUGUUUGUUUUGUUGGUUUGAAGGAGGACAUGUAACAUGCAACUAGUUUGUUAAGAAGACGACUGCCCACUUGUGGAGGUAACUAGUUGAAAACUGUCGGACACAUCGGAUUCAUAAAGGAAUAUGGUGCCUUUCUUUCUGGUAUUGCGACCCCCGGUGUUCUGUGUGAUGGCGGCUAUAUGCAUGGUACCCAUUGUAACAGGUCCUUCACCGUGCUCCGCCUGUAACAGCAACAACGUGACCUGUGCCGACGGUGUCUGUGUGCCUCGCUGUGUCAACGUGACGUCAUCUGGAGAGUGUCUUAUGUGUCGUGACAUCCGAUUUCAUGGUGUUCAGUGUGAACAUGUCUGUCCAGACACAUGUCGCAACUCUCGCUGUCAGAUGAACAAUUCACGUGUCGUUUGUACAGAGGGGUGUGUGACUGGGAAGAGGGGAGACAACUGUGGUGUAGACUGCCCGCCAUCUUGUACACACUGCUUUGGGGAUGAAUGCAUAGGUCCAUGUUUGAACCCUGGGUAUUUUGGUCCCAAAUGUGAAACAACAUGUCCCGAGGACUGCAAGAAUGGUUGCAAUAAAAGCACAGGGCGAUGCAACACCUGUUCUGAGGGUUACAUGGGAAACAGCUGCACCGAAGUAUGCCCCUCUGGGUGUAGAGAUGGGUGUGACCAGAACACAGGCGUGUGUCACAGCUGCAAACCCUGGUACAGUGGGGAGCACUGUGACACAUGCCAGACAGGGUACCGUGGGAAGUACUGUAACAUUAACUGCCCUGCCUUAUGUACAGCAUGCGAACGCCAUGGGAAUAAGUGUAUAGGACGAUGUCUAAAUAUCUGGAAUUACGGUCAAUAUUGUAAUCACUCGUGUCCAUCUAACUGCAGAGAGGUUUGUGGUAAAUUAACAGGGGUGUGUGAUAGUUGUGUGCCCGGAUAUAGAGGCACAUUUUGUAAUAUUUCCUGUCCAGUAAACUGCACAGAGUGUAAGCGUUUAGCUGAUGAUUGCGUGGAGCCAUGUACAGAUCGCAGGUCCUAUGGGGAAGCCUGCCACCGUGACUGUCCAGUCAACUGCAUUGGUGGCUGUUACAGACUGACAGGCGACUGCAUCAACUGUAAACCUGGUUACAGAGGAAGAUACUGCAAGCUUCGUUGUGAGGAUGGAGCGUGUAAUCAAGGUGACCCGAGGCUGACCACGAAAAUCGUCAGCGGCGUGCUGGUUGUGGUGGUGCUGCUAGGUUUGGCUGCAGCUGUAUCAGUGCUGAUGAAGCGUUAUCGAUGCCGCAGUAGUCAGGUUCCUGCCUCCUGCCGAACUGACACAACACGUCGAUGCAACUGUGGCGAUUACUGGACUCACAGAUACUGGGAAAUAAAUGAACAGGAUGUCAACUCCGAUCAACGUGCAGAACAAGCAUCUCGUCCUUCUGCGCGUAGUUCAUGUUCAGUUGCUACAGCAGACACGGCUGCUGGGAGAACAGCAGAAUCGGAACAGGAACAGCAUGAAUCCAAUACAAUAGAGGACCAAAACGUAAACCCUGAUCCAGGGACUCCCAAUACUGAAACAUGUCAUGGGUCUGACACUGGGGCGGGAUUAGAUAUGUCUGCUUCGUUUUGUGAAGCACGUCCAACUGUGAAGUACCACGAUGAUAAUGAUGAUGGCUUGUUCCCUUUUACUGAGUCUUCAGUACUGAAUAAUGGGGACGAUUCAAUUCUUGCCUCAGCUAAAAGUGAAACUGAUAUUGAUUAUUGUCAGAUGUCACUCGACACAAAAAGGUUGAUUGAAAAGACUGAUUCAGUUCUCUUCAUUGAGAAAAACUGCGACUUGUCAAAAGUCAGCGUCAAAUACCUCACGCCAAAGUCCCAAACUUAAAUCAUCUGGCAUGUAAAUCAUUGCCCUUUAUCUUUUACAAUGUACAGAAAAACGAUUGGAAUGUACACAUAUAGAGUAGAAAAUAAAAAUGUAAUCACA